GAGGUCAGGGGUCUUUUGUGACUGCACCUUCCAUGUGCCUACCUCGAGUCAGGUUGCCUUUUCAGGAGUCCAUGAGAACACAGCCCGGUCUCUGAAGAUGACGGAAGUUCAGAUUGACACCUCCCGCCUGCCUCCGGUGCAGGAAGUUUGCCGAGAUUUUGCUGUCCUGGAAGAUGGCGCUUUGGCUUACAGCCUUCAAGAGCAAGAGAUUGAACAGCAUUACACUUCCAACAUUCAGAAGAACCAGCUGGUCCAGAAGGACAUCCGAAUUGCCAAGAAACUUCAGGACCUGGAGGAGGAAGCCAGGAGGAAGCACCAGCUCUCUGAGCAGCAGAAGGAACUGGAAGAUCGGGACUCCGAAAUCGCUCGUGCCAUCCAGGAGGACAUUCGGAGGGAGGCGGAGGAGAGUUGCCAGAGGAAGGAGAAGGACCAGGAAAUAGCCAAGCAGCUUCAGGACUUGGAGGAGGAGAGCCUGCAGAAGAAACAGCAGCUGUGGCUCAGGAGCUCAAGUGUGACACAGCAAGAAGGAGGAGAAGGUAUCUGGAGCUGGAGGAGGGAUGACUCCCUUGGGCCCCUAAACUGGGUGAUGGCUGAACUUGAACUGCAGAACCAGCAGCAGCUCCAGCAAGAUGAAGAACUAGCCCGGGAGCUGCAAGCUGAGGAAGUGGCUCGCCUGAAAGCCAGGAAGAACCGGGAACGCCACAAUGACUACAGGGCAGCCCAGGUGGCUCAGGAUGAGGAGAUUGCCCGCUACAUGCAGGACCAGGAACUAAAAGCUCAAUGGAGAUCCCCCAGAAGGAGCAAGGCCAUGACAGGGGCAAGGGGCAAGGGCGCCACCAUGGAGGAGGCAGCUGCCAGCAGCAUCCCCAGCCAAGAGAAGGAGGCGCAAGAGAGCUGCGGAGCCGCAUCGCCAACCGGACUCUGGUCCUCGGACAGCUCAGAGGUGCCCACCCAUGGAGGCCAGCCGGACAUCAGGUUGUCCCUCAGGCCACAGCUGUGCCGGAAUAUCGCAGAGGACCUGGACCCAACCUUCAGGGCCCAGAGGGCAGAGGCCCCUGCUGGAAUGGUUUCCCUUUGCUCCAGAGCCGGUGCUGCCCCAGGAGGACACUCAGUCCCUGCGGGCAGCUUCUUCGACUACCCAGAUGAGCUCGGCGAACCGGCCUUUGUGUCCCCUACAAAACGACAGCCAGAGAAGGUAGGCCGGCAGAAACCCAGGGACAAGAAGGAAGGCUGCAAGCAACAGUGAGACAUCCGCUCCCAACAGAGCGGCUGCUCCGCCCAGCCCUUGCCACAACCCUCUGGCCUCUUUGCCACCUCUACCCAUACCUGCAGUUGCUCGGGGGGGGGGCAGGAUUUGCUAUAACAAAUCUGAGGCCAACGAUGCAAAAGGCUGCCAUUUCCCCCCACCCUUUGCAAAGAACGUCAAUGUCCGCACAACUGCUGCAUCCUCGUAGCUAAAUGCGGCGGUCCCAGAAGGCUGCCGUCCCUUUUCUCCGGGACCAAAACAUUUUAGCCAUCUUGACUCACUUGUGUGACCUUUUUGCCCUGGUUGGGAAGAUGGCUUUGCCAGGCAAGGUCUGCCGGGUGUCAAGAGGUAGAGCAGCGGAUGCUUUGCAGAAGGGCAAGGCCCUGCCCAUGGACUCCUUUGUGGGAAGACGCUCUUUUGCUGAGAGGGUACAGUUUUGCUGCAGUGAAAAAUGGGGCAGCAGCGAUUGGACGGGUGCGAGACUGGAAAUGUCCUCCGAGAGGCUUGAAAGGAUAAACGAAGAGCCCUGGAUCAGACCCAUCUAGUCCAAACUCGUGUCUUCAUGGGAGCCAACUAGAUGCCUUGUCUAGGGAGCUAGCUAGUACAACGUUCAUUUUAAGCCUGCCACUGGUAUUCAGGGGCAUCGAGGUUGCUUCCUCCUCCAUGAACUUGUCUUAUCCUAUUUUAAAGCCAUCCAAGUUGGUGAUUUGUCAUCGCCGCAUAUUCCGGGAGCUCAGCUUCACCCCACCAGCUUUUUUCUCCUUGUACUGCAUGACAAGUGGGUUCUGAGUGACCCCACUAGGCUUUUGAGGAGAUCAGGCAUUUCCAGAGGAUCCUAAAAUGAGGCUCUUUGAUAAGAGAGAGAAUAUAUUACCUUCUCGGGCCCUUUGCAUUUCUGCAGCAUUGGACACGGUGUGCAAUAUAAGCGGGCAAGGAGCAAGAGCACGAAACGCUUUCGGAGUAGAUUUGGAAAAGGUCUUCCGCAGACACCCACCCCCACCCCCUACUUAUUGCCAGGACUGGAUCUCGCACUGCAAGGAGUGCAGUUUGAAAUUGGUGCUAAAUAUGCUAGGCUUAAUCUUAAAUAUAUAUAAUAAUCCCA